AUGGACCGGACGAGCUCCGCUGCAGCGACUCCUCACCCGAGAGCGAAGGCCACCCUGGUUUUGGGAGCAGAAUCCUUCGCUGUCAGCUCCGAGUCUGGUAAACUGUCGGAGCAGCUGGCGGCGAUGAGGGAGAGGAGCAUGGUCAUCCUCAAGGACUACAUCACCAGGCACAACGCCCCAAACGACGUCCCGGAUGAGUCCGUCGAGGGCUUGUCUGACAACGAGGGUGAGGCGCUCGCUAAAAACCCGCCCAAGAAAUUUAAGAAGCAAAAGUGA